AUGGGCGACAUCCUCACCCAAAUCCAAGAUGAACUGGACAUGCUCCUAAACCAAAUGUCCGCCGCUCUCCGUCAAAUCCGCGAAAACGCCCCACCAAGCGUCCCCGAAGGCCAACAGCCCCUCGAAACCUUUGCCCAACUGGAAGCUCGCAACGCCGCCGAAAACACACAAGGCUCGACGCAAGACCCCUCACAACAACCAAUCGCAGCGCCACCUAAACCCUCUCCAGAGCAGUUUCAAGCCGAUCUGAAAGAAAUGGCACAGGAUAUUACCUUGAAGGAGCAGCAGAUUGAGAGGUUGAUUGCGCAUCUACCGGGUUUGAAUUGGAGUGAAAGAGAGCAGGUGGAUAGGAUGAAGGAGCUGGAGAGGCAGUUGGAGGAUCUGGAGGGGGAGAGGGUGAAGGCUGUUAAGGAUAAGGAUGUUUUGAUGAAGAUGGUGGAGGAUAAGAUAACGGGUGUAGGCAGGGUCAGAUGA